ACUCGGCCUCCCCCAUCCCCCGGUAACGGUCGCUGGUGAGUUUAAAUGAGCCGGGGCUGGCCGGGCUGGAGCCGCUACGGGGGGGGCCUGAGGCACUGCAGAAAGUGGGUCUGAGCCUCAAGGAUGACGGUGCUGCAGGAACCUGUCCAGGCUGCUAUAUGGCAAGCGCUAAACCACUAUGCUUACCGAGAUGCAGUUUUCCUCGCAGAACGACUAUAUGCAGAAGUACAUUCAGAAGAAGCCUUGUUUUUACUGGCAACCUGUUACUACCGCUCAGGAAAGGCUUAUAAAGCAUAUAGACUCUUGAAAGGACACAGUUGUACCACCCCACAGUGUAAAUACCUGCUUGCAAAAUGUUGUGUUGACCUCAGCAAGCUUGCAGAAGGGGAACAGAUCUUAUCUGGUGGAGUGUUUAAUAAGCAGAAAAGCCAUGACGACCUUGUCACUGAGUUUGGAGAUUCAGCUUGCUUCACUCUUUCCUUGUUGGGACAUGUGUAUUGCAAGACAGAUCGGCUUGCCAAAGGGUCAGAAUGUUACCAAAAGAGCCUUAGUUUAAAUCCUUUCCUCUGGUCUCCCUUUGAAUCGUUAUGUGAAAUAGGUGAGAAGCCAGAUCCUGACCAAACAUUUAAAUUAACAUCUCUACAGAAUUUUAGCAGUUGUCUUCCCAACACUUGUACAACUCUAGUAUCUAAUCACAGUUUAUCUCACAGACAGCCUGAGACAGUCCUUACAGAAACACCCCAAGACACAAUUGAAUUAAACAGACUGAAUUUAGAAUCUUCCAAUUCAAAGUACUCCUUGAAUACAGAUUCCUCCGUGUCUUACAUUGAUUCAACUGUAAUUUCACCAGAUAACGUCCCCCUUGGACCUGGUACUGCCAUAUUAUCUAAACAGGUUCAAAAUAAACCAAAAACUGGUCGAAGUUUAUUAGGAGGACCAACUGCUCUUAGCCCAUUAACCCCAAGUUUUGGGAUUUUGCCAUUAGAAACCCCAAGUCCUGGAGAUGGAUCCUAUUUACAAAACUACACUAAUACACCUUCUGUAAUUGAUGUGGCACCCACCGGAGCACCUACAAAAAAGACUUUUUGUGUUUUACAGUCUGUUGCAAGAAUGGGCCAAACUGGAACAAAGUCUGUCUUCUCACAGAGUGGAAAUAGUCGAGAGGUCACACCAGUACUUGUUGCACAAACACAAAGUUCUGGCCCACAAACAAGUACAACACCUCAGGUAUUGAGCCCCACUAUCACAUCUCCCCCAAACGCAUUGCCUCGGAGAAGUUCCCGCCUUUUCACUAGUGACAGUUCUACAACCAAGGAGAAUAGCAAAAAGUUAAAAAUGAAGUUUCCACCUAAAAUCCCUAACAGAAAAACAAAAAGUAAAACUAAUAAAGGAGGACUAACUCAGCCCAGCAUAAACGAUAGUCUGGAAAUUACAAAACUGGACUCCUCUAUCAUUUCAGAAGGGAAAAUAACCACAGUCACACCUCAGAUCCAGGCAUUUAACCUACAAAAGGCAGCAGCAGGUUUGAUGAGCCUUCUUCGUGAAAUGGGAAAAGGUUAUUUAGCUUUGUGUUCAUACAACUGCAAAGAAGCUAUCAAUAUUUUGAGCCAUCUACCUUCUCAUCACUACAGUACUGGUUGGGUCCUAUGCCAGAUUGGACGGGCUUAUUUUGAACUUUCAGAAUACAUGCAGGCUGAAAGAAUAUUCUCAGAGGUUAGAAGGAUUGAGAGUUUCAGAGUUGAAGGAAUGGAGAUCUACUCUACAACACUCUGGCAUCUUCAGAAAGACGUUGCUCUUUCAGUUCUUUCAAAAGAUUUAACAGACAUGGAUAAGAAUUCACCAGAGGCCUGGUGUGCUGCAGGGAAUUGUUUCAGUCUACAACGAGAGCAUGAUAUAGCAAUUAAAUUCUUCCAAAGAGCUAUCCAGGUCGAUCCAAAUUACGCUUACGCCUAUACUCUAUUAGGACAUGAGUUUGUGUUAACUGAAGAACUAGAUAAAGCAUUAGCAUGUUUUCGAAAUGCUAUAAGAGUAAAUCCCAGACAUUACAAUGCAUGGUAUGGUUUAGGAAUGAUUUAUUACAAGCAAGAGAAGUUCAGCCUCGCAGAAAUGCAUUUCCAGAAAGCACUUGAUAUCAACCCUCAGAGUUCAGUUUUACUUUGCCACAUUGGAGUAGUUCAGCAUGCACUAAAGAAGUCUGAGAAGGCUUUGGAUACCCUAAACAAAGCCAUUGUUAUCGAUCCCAAGAACCCUCUAUGCAAAUUUCACAGAGCCUCGGUUUUAUUUGCAAAUGAAAAAUACAAGUCUGCUUUACAAGAACUCGAGGAACUGAAGCAGAUUGUCCCCAAAGAGUCCCUCGUUUACUUCCUAAUAGGAAAGGUUUACAAGAAGUUGGGUCAAACUCAUCUCGCCUUGAUGAAUUUCUCUUGGGCUAUGGAUUUAGAUCCUAAAGGAGCCAAUAAUCAGAUUAAAGAGGCAAUUGACAAGCGCUACCUUCCAGAUGAUGAGGAGCCAAUAACCCAGGAGGAACAGAUCAUGGGGACAGAUGAAUCCCAGGAGAGCAGCAUGACAGAUGCAGAUGACACACAACUUCAUGCGGCGGAAAGUGACGAAUUUUAACUUGUGGAAGUCAGACUCUGACUGUGCUAGUGCUGACAUGUCCCUGUCCCUCCAUACACUGAGUCUCAACUCUUGAGCCGCCAUUGCCGUCAUUCGUCACCUAGACCAUGAGUGUGCCACUUUCAUUGGACCCUGACUGUACACAGAAUGGAAGGCAGUGCGAUACUUAGCUGCUAACAAGACUGGCUCUUUUACCAGUAUGAAUGACAAUUUGGGGGAGGGGUGAGGAACUUUUCUUUUUUCUUUAAUCUCUUCAGUUGGAAAUCUAUCAUGGAAGGAAGAGUUAUGUUUUAUCUUGAAGGAACCAUUAGAUACGGAAAUGGUGAUGAACCAGAAUUUCUUGGUCAUUUUUCCAAAAUUGUUUUUUAUUUGGUUCUAUUCCUGAUAAACAGAGUAACUGGCCUUCAUUUCUAGGUCUUCGAGAAUGGUGUUAGCAAGUGCCAGAUGGAACAAUAAAAGACAUUGCCUAUAACAGAGUAAAGUUCAUUGCCAAGGAACAUAGCUUACCUUAAGCUUGGAGUCUCUCCUAUAAGCAAAUGCAGUGGGCCUGUUCGGACUCAUACGGAGGAGUCAAAUAUCCCUCCAUACAGUGUACACUUAUUCUUGGCAAGAAUGCUUUAAUGUCUAACCAAGAAUUUUAAUUUAUUCGUCUUGCUUCAAAGUGUUGAUCAUUGUUGUCUUGGUAUUGCAAACUUUAAAAUUGGUCUUGACGAUACUGGCUUUACUCCUUGAGCUCUGGGAUCGCCUUCAACACUCAGAGAUGGUAGCGUGGUUCCCUGAUGAAAAGCCAAGCAGGCCCUUAAUAACCACUGUGUUUACCAGAAGAGUCAGUAUGAGAACACUAAAGAGAAACCUUCGAGAUCAUGAUAGAGAAGCCUUAAUACAGCUGGAGCUGUCCCUAACCGUGUGUCUGCCUCUCUCCCAGGAGUGCAAGCACGCAUGGUGACCUCUGUUGAGUGCCGUUCUUUCAGCUCUCUACUUCGUAAUUGUCAGUAGUGUGAGUCACUGCAACUUGUCAUGGGCGUAAUUAAUUGGGUUUAAAAUACUGAACAUUUUUAACCUAGGAAAAAGUUUCUUAUGAAAGAGACAAAUUCUCUCCUGAGUUCAUCAUAAUAUGGGUUUGUGUGUUUGGGGACUGGCCACAAUUUUAAAGAUCUAAUUAUGCGUAUAAAAAUGGGAAUUAUUGGAAUUUCACAAUAACAGAUUUAAACAGUCUUAAAUUGUGUAUCUCCUUUAUUGUAAUGUAUUGAAAAUUUUAGAGAAACCUUAGUUAACAUUUUAUUAAGUGCCAAUGUCAGAAUAUAACAGAUUAUAGUUUCUUAUGGGUGACAGGCCUGCAGUUCUUAUUUUGGAAUGUUUGAUGAAGGAAAACCUCUCCUACUGGUCACUUGUAUAUGUAAGUCAAGCUGUGAAAAUAAGGUGGAUUACAGACGAUGUGGAAGAAUGUUUUAGCCUGUAGACUCAGUCAUUUUCUGUCAGUUACUUAACCUUCUCAUCCAGAUGUGAAUUAGACACAGACCAUCAUAAAGUCAAAGUCUUGGGUUAGGUAUUAGGUGCCAGGGAAACAUUUUAAAAUAAUUUACUGACUAAAUCUAUGUAUGUGCCGUUUAAAAAAAUAAUAAUUUAUGUGCAAAAGGAAAAUUGGGAAUAAAUGACCAUCAUAAAAAAUUCCCAUAGGCUAGCACUUCAAUUCUAACAGAUAUUCCAUUUUAUUAUUCAUUAGUUGUGUAAAGUUUAAUUUUCAUUUCUUUUAUUUUUUUAAUUGGCAAAUCGUAAGCCAGCUAUAUACAUAUAUAUAUUACAUUAUCAGAUCUAGAGUUUCAUAGCAAGCUUUACCCUGAGUUCUGUUGCAGACCUAGAAAAUGCUAAGCUCAGAGCAUAAUUUACUGAAGUGUAAUUAUCUUUUUUUUUUUUAGUAGGAGUUUAUGUCCUGUGCCAGAGGGACUUCUGGUGCUGAUUUUAAGACAAAGGAUAGGGGAUGGUUGUGGCGUGGCUGGCUGGAAGGCACUCAGACACUUGGCCUGCUUUCACAGUUUCCUCACACCUGCUUUUAACAGCAUUUAGAUGCGGAAGCCUUAUUUCCACAUAGUAACUGCUUCUUGGGUCUCUUUCUUUUUCUUUGUGUCUUUCCUUUCCUUUGCUUUUUUUUUUUCCCACAGAAUAGGGAUCAGAUAAACAAACACAUUUUGGUAAGCAAGUUGUUUGUUUCAAAUUUCAGAGCUUGCUUUGAAGGGACUUAAGAAUCCUAAGUACCUCCUUGUCUUUGUCACACCUACACAUAAGGACACAGAUACAGAUACACACACUCACACACACGUACAUUAGAGCAUUGGGGUUUUUUUUUCCUUCGUGGAAAUGGUUAUUAUUACUGCACCAGGAUGAAUAUUUUUUUUUUCAAGAGAACAGAUGGUACUCAAAAUAAGGAAAGGUCUCUUAACUCUUUCUGUAUUUCGUUACUUAACAAUUUUUUAUUUUACCCAAGAACUGCAAGUAACAUUUGAACCAUGCUGCUGUUGUACCUUAAUAACUCAGUGAUCACCAGUGUUUAGUCCAUUAAAAACACUCUUUUCGAAGAAAACAGUUUCGAAGUCUCUGAUUAGCCAGAGUACACUAUGGGUCUUCACUGAGAAAAACGAAGGCCCAUUUUCUUUGGGAAAACCUGGGAAAAUGCAAGUGUGGGUGUGCCAUGUGUGUUCUAUUUGCAUUGAAACAAUGUACUUUUGUGUCGUCUUUUUUGCUUUUCCUGACUUAUUUCAGAAAUUGUAUAGUCUUUGGGGGGAAAGUCUUCUCUGUUAAUAUAUUUACAGUUCAUUAAAGGAUAUGGAAAAUCCAAAUAAAUUACUUUUGAAAGCAGUUUAUAAUCAAGGUGUUAAAGCUAUGUAAAAGCUGUGUCAUCUGCAUUUUUAUACUGAGCCACAGCAGCAUAGUGAUGACAGAUCACAUUUUAUGUUCUACAAGAGCCUAGGACAAUGUUUCUCUAAUUUUUACUUACACUUUUUAAUAUAUAAUAUAUUAAAGUUCAUACCCUUUUUAGUAUUAUUUGGAAUUUCAAAAUAAAUACUAUGACAAAAAAA